GCGGCGGGGGCUGCCGGAGCCGCCGCAGCAGCAGCAGCGCUGCCCGCCGGCGCGCCCCUCUUCCCGCCCUGCGCGGCGGCUCCGGCGCUGCCGCCGCCGGCGGGGGUACUAUGCUCACGCGGGUGAAGUCCGCCGUGGCCAAUUUCAUGGGCGGCAUCAUGGCUGGCAGCGCGGGCGCCGACCACGGCAGCGGCGCGGACUUGCCGCUGCGCUUCCCCUACGGGAGACCCGAGUUCCUGGGACUGUCGCCGGACGAGGUGGAGUGCUCCGCCGACCAUAUCGCCCGCCCCAUCCUCAUCCUUAGCAAGGAGACCCGGCGCCUGCCCUGGACCACGGGCUACGCGGAGGUAAUAAAUGCAGGGAAGAGCACGCACAAUGAAGAUCAAGCCAGUUGUGAAGUCCUCUUUGUCAAGAAGAAAGCUGGAGGAGCUAAUUCUACACCGAACAAGAACUCUUCAAAACGGAGAUCAUCGCUGCCCAAUGGAGAAGGUCUCCAGCUGAAAGACAAUUCGGACACGGAUGGGAUCAACCUCUACUACUGGUCCCUGUUUGAUGGACAUGCUGGAUCGGGGGCAGCUGUGGUGGCUUCCAAACUGCUGCAGCACCACAUCCUGGAGCAGCUGCAGGAGAUUGUGGACAUCCUGAGGAACACCGCUGUCCUUCCACCCACCUGCCUGGGAGAGGAGCCCGACAAUCCAGCCACCAACAGCAGGACGCUGACACGAGCAGCCUCCCUGCGUGGUGGUGUGGGGGCACCGGGCUCGCCCAGCACCCCUCCAACACGCUUCUUCACUGAGAAGAAGAUCCCACAUGAGUGCCUGGUUAUUGGGGCCAUAGAAAGUGCAUUCAAGGAGAUGGAUUUGCAAAUAGAGCGAGAGAGGACCGUGUAUAAUAUUUCUGGCGGCUGCACAGCCCUUGUGGUGGUGUAUUUAUUGGGGAAGCUUUAUGUGGCAAACGCUGGUGAUAGCAGGGCUAUAAUAAUCCGAAACGGUGAAGUUAUUCCAAUGUCUUCAGAAUUCACUCCAGAGACUGAACGCCAGCGACUUCAGUAUCUGGCUUACAUGCAGCCCCACUUGCUGGGAAAUGAGUUCACACAUUUAGAGUUUCCACGAAGGGUGCAGCGCAAGGAAGUUGGAAAGAGGAUGCUCUACCGUGACUUCAACAUGACUGGCUGGGCAUACAAAACCAUUGAGGAGGAUGACUUGAAGUUUCCCCUUAUAUAUGGAGAAGGCAAGAAGGCUCGGGUUAUGGCAACAAUUGGAGUGACCCGAGGACUGGGAGACCAUGACCUGAAAGUCCAUGACUCCAAUAUAUAUAUCAAACCUUUCUUGUCCUCGUCUCCUGAGGUGAGAGUCUAUGACCUUGUGCAGUAUGAGCAUGGGCCAGAUGAUGUUCUGAUCCUAGCUACUGAUGGACUCUGGGAUGUGCUGUUAAAUGAAGAAGUGGCAGAAGCUGUCACUAACUUUCUACCAAACUGUGACCCUGAUGAUCCCCACAGGUACACGCUGGCGGCGCAGGACCUGGUGAUGCGAGCCAGGGGUGUGCUGAAGGACCGGGGCUGGAGGAUAUCCAACGACAGGCUGGGCUCUGGAGAUGACAUCUCUGUCUACGUCAUCCCCUUAAUACAUGGGAACAAGCAGUCAUGAAAGUAGCAUCAAGAGUGGUUCUAGCAUGAGGAUCUUUCUGGAAAGGGCCUGUAAGAGACAAUAUGAUUUUGGUGAUCUGACCAGGACACUUCCAGUUGAUGUAAUCUAUUCAAAACUAAUGCUGGAGGGGUAUUUUUCUGCCCAAAACAUAGGGCUCUGCACAUAUACUGUAUAUGAUAAAGAUAACCCUUAAGAUUACAAUUUCCCUAUAGAAAUGGUUUUGGUGCUUAACAGGAAUGGGAUUUAAAUGCUGCUAGCAUAUUAUGGAUUCUGUUAUCCCUCCAGGUGGGGAAUUUACUUUUUUUCUCAGUUUACCAUGUAGCUUGGAAGAGCCAUUUCGGUUGCGAAAGUAGAAGUGGGCAUCAGAAGCCAAGGAGGCUCCUGAAAUCUAUCCCCAAAUAUUCAGAGGGUGACUUGGGUCACAUCUCAUUUAAAAUACCUAUAUAUACGUGUAUGAGACUCAAGACUUUUCUUCUUUCAAAAAGUUGCAUUCAUGACUUAGCUAUGGACAACUUCAGACUUGUGUAAUCCUUUGAGCCUCCAUUUUCCUCUCCUGUCUCUUCUUCAGUAGACUAUACUCUAUUUUAGUAGGAAAACUGAAGUUGUUUUCAGUGUGACUAUGCCUGUUUACUGCAGCUAAAACAGCCACCUGCAAAACUGUCCAGGAGAAAUAGGUCACAGUCCUGUAUGGCAAGAUUUAUUCUGGUGUGAAGAGUUAUUUGUCAAGGUUCCUUGUCGUGUGUAUACCAUGAUUAUACAGAGCACGUAAACUCAGCUUUAUGUGAUGUUUACCUGGAGGCCGUGGUUUCUUUGGGAUCAGAGACUUGCAUUCAUUGAAUGGUUCUGCCUGCUUCAUCCUGUUGGAAGAAUCCCUGACCAUACAGCUUUUGCAUCGAUUGGGAUUCAUAAAUUUAUUUGGGCUCCUGAGUGUGUUUUUUAGUUGGAUUCCUACUUCAGGUGGUGGUAUUGUUGUCAUUACCAAUUUGGAUUCCCAGAUAGUGAUCUAUUUAAAAGUCAUUUCAUGUCUUCCUGCGUCACUUAUUAUUCACUAUACAUUUGCCUGCUUGACUUAGUGAUCAGAAAACUUGUAACUUUCUGUCCUCUUGGUACUGAGGACUGUAGUCAAGGAUCAAAAGAUCCUUGUGAUAGAUACAAGCCCUUGGUUAGCUUCAGCAGCUUUUUUCCUAGCAGUGAUGAAUCAAUUUAAAGAAAACCUGAGUAAAAUAUUAUCAGAGUGAAAGCAAUAGUCCAAGAGAGAAAAAAGAGAAUAAAUCUGCAGCUUAACCUGGCUGCUGUUUCUUCAAGCUAGUGCUUCAUUGGCAAGAGUUGAAGAGAAAACAAAAUCAGAAUGUUCUAUCAUAGGCAGUUAUAUCGGCUGGGAAGCCAAGGUCAACCAUGUGCCCCCAGCUUUUGGAGCUGCUCAUUUAGUUUGUACUUCUUCGACAGCCAAAAGACAGGAAACUGGCAUAAUUGUAGGGCACUGACUAGGCAGCUCACAGAUGUUGCCUCCUUUCCAAAGGAGGAGGAGGAGGAUGCUGUGCCCUUUGCAGACUUUCUCCUUAACAGUCAUGACCUGGAGCUCACCGGUUUUGUAACUUAUAACGUGC